CGGCCCGGGCGGCGGAGCGCCCCCUGGCGGCGGCCGGCGCGGCGGUGCGCGUGCGCGGCGCGGGGUUUGACCCCGGGCGGGCGCCGUAGCGAGAGGCCGGGCGGAUGUUGUGAGCCGGGCCGCGGCGGCCGAGCUGGGCCCCCAGGACGCUGGCCGCCCACGAGACAUGAAGGAUGGCAUCCAAGGGGGCUGACAUGUCUUUCUCCCGCAAGAGCUACGGGCUGACCUCGGACGCUGAGAAGGCCAGGGUCACAGGCAUCGUGCAUGAGAAGCUGCUGGAGGACUACCUGCACCGCGUCUUCUCCUCUCCUGACGCCGCCGCCGCCGCCACCAGCAGGAAACCCCUGAACUUCCAGAACCUGCCAGAGCAUCUGGACCAGCUGUUACAGGUGGACAGUGAGGAUGAGGAGAGCCAGGGGCAGGUGGAAGGGCGGCUCGGCCCCUCCACCGUGGUCCUGGACCACACGGGGGGCUUCGAGGGGCUGCUGCUGGUGGAUGACGACCUCCUGGGGGUGAUCGGCCACAGCAACUUCGGCACCAUCCGCUCGACCACCUGCGUGUACAAAGGGAAAUGGGUGUACGAGGUGCUCAUCUCCUCCCAGGGGCUCAUGCAGAUCGGCUGGUGCACCAUCAACUGCCGCUUCAAUCAGGAGGAGGGCGUCGGAGACACGCACAACUCCUACGCCUAUGAUGGCAACCGGGUGCGCAAGUGGAACGUGACCACCACGAACUACGGCAAGGCAUGGGCCGCGGGGGACAUCGUGAGCUGCCUGAUCGACCUGGACGCCGGCGCUCUGUCCUUCUGCCUGAACGGCAUGUCGCUGGGCACCGCCUUCGAGAACUUGUCCAGGGGCCCGGGCAUGGCCUACUUCCCAGCCAUCAGCCUCUCCUUCAAGGAGUCCGUGGCCUUCAACUUCGGCAGCCGCCCCCUGCGCUACCCAGUGGCGGGCUACCGGCCCCUGCAGGACCCGCCGCGCGCCGACCUGGUGCGGGCACAGAGGCUGCUGGGCUGCUUCCGGGCGGUGCUCAGCGUGGAGCUGGACCCCGUGGAGGGGCGGCUGCUGGAGAAGGAGAGCUCCGAGGGGCAGCUGCAGGGCCAGCCCACGGUGCUGCUCACGCUGGCCCACAUCUUCCAGCGCUUCGCUCCGCUCCUGCGCAAGGUGUACCUGGUGGAGUCGGUGCUCACGAGCUUCCUGCUGGGCCUGGUGGAGGCGGGCGGCCCCGAGCAAGCGCCGGCCGCGGUGGGCCAGGUUCUGGACCUCCUGUGGCUCUUCAUGGAGGAAUACGAGGUGCACGACUGCCUCAAGCAGCUGAUGAUGGCCCUGCUGCGCCUGUACCGCUUCUCGCCCAUCGUCCCCGACCUCAGCCUGCAGAUCCACCACCUGCGGCUCACCGUCGCCAUCCUGAGGCACGACAAGUCCCGCAAGUUCCUGCUGAGCAGCGUGCUCUUCGACGCGCUCCGGUCUGCCGUCUUCUUUCACAUCAAGAGCCCGCUGCGCGUGGAGGAGGCCGGCCUGCAGCAGCUCAUCCCCACCACCUGGUGGCCCCCCCACCCCGGCAAGGAGGGCAAGGACAGUAAGGAGGUGAAGGAGGAGACGGCCGAGGAGCGGCUGCGGAGACGUGCCUACGAGCGGGGCUGCCAGAGGCUCAAGAAGCGCAUCGAAGUGGUGGAAGAACUGCAGGUCCAGAUCCUGAAGCUGCUGCUGAACAAUAAGGAUGAGAAUGGGGGCGAAGCUUCUAGGUACAUCUUCCUGACCAAGUUCCGGAAGUUCCUGCAGGAGAAUGCCAGCGGCCGGGGGAACAUACCCCUGCUCUGCCCCCCUGAGUACAUGGUCUGCUUCCUGCACCGGCUGAUCUCCGCCCUGCGCUGCUACUGGGAUGAGUACAAGGCUUCCAACCCCCACGCCUCCCUCAGCGAGGAGGCCUACGUCCCGCCCCAGGUCUUCUACAACGGCAAGGUGGACUACUUCGACCAGCAGCGCCUCGGGGGCCUCCUCUCUCACCUCCGCAAGACCCUCAAAGAUGACCUGGCGUCCAAGGCCAACAUCCUGAUCGACCCCCUGGAGCUGCAGGCGGCCACCAUGGACGACCUGGACGAGGACCAGGAGCCGUCCCCGGCUGCCGCCCAGCGCCCCGUGCAGGCCCUGGCCAUUGGGGGUGCGCUGCCCCUGCCCCGGCCCGGCUGGCUCAGCUCCCCGACCCUGGGCCGCGCCAACCGCUUCCUCAGCACAGCGGCUGUGACCCUGAUGACCCCCCGGCGGCCUCUGAGCGCCUCAGAGAAAGUGAAGGUCCGCACGCUGAGCGUGGAGCAGAGGACCCGCGAGGACAUUGAGGGCGGCCACUGGAACGAGGGCCUGCUGCUGGGGCGGCCCCCCGAGGAGCCCGAGCAGCCCCUCACGGAGAACUCGCUGCUGGAAGUGCUGGACGGGGCCGUGAUGAUGUACAACCUCAGCGUCCACCAGCAGCUGGGCAAGAUGGUGGGGGUGUCCGACGACGUCAACGAGUACGCGAUGGCCCUGAGGAACACGGAGGACAAGCUGCGCCGGUGCCCCAAGAGGAGGAAGGACAUCCUUGAGGAGUUGACCAAGAGCCAGAAAGUUUUCUCAGAAAAGCUGGACCACCUGAGCCGCCGUCUUGCCUGGGUCCACGCCACUGUCUACUCCCAGGAGAAGAUGUUGGACAUCUACUGGCUGCUGCGCGUCUGCCUGCGGACCAUCGAGCACGCGGACCGCACGGGCCCGCUCUUCGCCUUCACGCCCGAGUUCUACCUGAGCGUGGCCAUCAACAGCUACAGCGCCCUCAAGAACUACUUCGGGCCGGUGCACAGCAUGGAGGAGCUCCCCGGCUACGAGGAGACCCUGACCCGCCUGGCUGCCAUCCUUGCCAAGCACUUUGCCGACACGCGCAUCGUGGGCACUGACAUCCGCGACUCGCUGAUGCAGGCGCUGGCCAGCUACGUCUGCUACCCACACUCCCUGCGGGCCGUGGAGCGCAUCCCUGAGGAGCAGCGCAUCGCCAUGGUGAGGAGCCUCCUGGCCCCCUACGAGCAGCGGCCCUGGGCGCAGACCAACUGGAUCCUGGUGCGGCUCUGGAAGGGCUGUGGGUUUGGGUACCGCUACACACGGCUGCCCCACCUGCUGAAGAUCAAGCCCGAGGACGCCAACCUGCCCAGCCUGCAGAAGCCCUGUCCGUCCAUCCUGCUGCAGCAGCACAUGGCGGACCUGCUGCGCCAGGACCCCGACGUGGCGCCCAGCUUCCUCAACAGCGUCCUCAACCAGCUCAACUGGGCCUUCUCGGAGUUCAUCGGCAUGAUCCAGGAGAUCCAGCAGGCCGUGGAGCGCCUGGAGAGGAACUUCGUGGACACCCGGCAGCUCAAGGUCUGUGCCACCUGCUUCGACCUCUCGGUCAGCCUGCUGCGCGUCCUGGAGAUGACCAUCACCCUGGUGCCCGAGGUCUUCCUCGACUCGACCCAGCCCACCUCCGAGAUGCUGCUGCAGCGGCUCGCCCAGCUGCUGAACCAGGUGCUGAACCGGGUGACGGCUGAGAGGAACCUCUUCGACCGCGUGGUCACCCUGUGGCUGCCUGGCCUGGAGAGCGUGGACCACUACCCCAUCCUGGUGGCAGUGACGGGCAUCCUGGUGCGGCUCCUGGUGCACGGCCCCGCCUCAGGGACGGAGAAAGCCACGUCAGUGCUCCUGGCUGACCCCUGCUUCCAGCUUCGCUCCAUUCGCUAUCUUCUGGGGCACCCAGAGCCCCCAGGCCCUGGCACUGCCCCGCCUGCCCCUGACCGGAAGCGCUUUUCCCUACAGAGCUACACAGACUACAUCAGCAGCGAGGAGCUGGCCCAGGUGGAGCAGAUGCUGGCACACCUGACCUCCGCAUCUGCCCAGGCUGCAGCUGCCUCCCUGCCCACCAGCGAGGAGGACCUUUGCCCCAUCUGCUAUGCACACCCCAUCUCUGCCGUGUUCCAGCCCUGUGGCCACAAGUCCUGCAAAGCCUGCAUCAACCAGCACCUGAUGAACAACAAGGACUGCUUCUUCUGCAAAGCCACCAUCGAGUCGGUGGAGGACUGGAGGGCAGGCGGGGCGAGCAACACCUCCUCGGCUGCCUAGGUCUGCGUCCACACAGCAGGAGCCUCUGCCCCAGCCCAGACCCAGGCUGGGCCCUAUUUAUGAGCUCCCCUUGCCAGCCCCCCACCACCACCCCCAGCCUCCUGCCUGUCCCCCAUGGCGGGAGCCCAGCCCUCAUUGUGCCUGAGCUCGACUUCCAGUCAGGGCCACUGUGAGCAUUAAAUUAUUAUUCAAACAGC